UUUCUUUCUCCAUCUGGACGAGCCCUAAGAGUUAAGCUGUGGUGUAACGAUAGUAUACAAUUCUGUUAUUGCGACUGAAUUUUGCCAAUCGAGAUAAGCUCCAACAGAACAUUUUUAUAGUAAUUAGACGGAUAUGAGAAUACGGAUUACCUCGGGAAGGCUGACGCUAUCGGUUGUUCUACUGUUGUACGGAGAUCUUGUGGCGGGAAACGAGGGAAUAUGUAAGACAAAGCUGAGUCAUGACGUUUAUUUCCCUUUAAACAAUCUUUCGUGCCCAGAAGAUGUCUCGGAUAACAAAUCAUUCAUCAUCGAGCGAUACAGACCAGCGAAAAAAUCUUGCACAUCAAACUUCGACACACCAGAUGUCUUGGUAUUUACUGUCGCUUCCAAUGAGACGGAUGGCUUUCGAAGGUACUUGAGAUCCACCGAUGUCUACGGAUUUCGUGAUAAAUUAAACAUCCUUGGCCUGGGCGAACCCUGGAAAGGCGGUAAUGUUGUGAAAUAUGCCGGCGGUGGAUACAAAAUUAAUCUCCUCAGGAAAGCCUUGAAGGAUCAUCAGAACGAUGAAACGAAGAUCAUCUUGUUCACUGAUAGUUACGACGUUAUAUUUCUCGGUGAUCUGUCUUCUAUUGUCGAGCGGUUCCUGGCUACCAACGCUCGAGUCUUAUUCUCUGCGGAGGCAUAUUGUUGGCCGGACAAAUCCCUGGCGGCUCAGUAUCCGCCCGUAUCGAGGGGCAAACGAUACCUGAACUCCGGUAGUUUCAUCGGUUACGCGUCUGACGUGUACAAGAUCCUGGACACUGCACCUAUCAAGAACGAGGACGACGAUCAGUUGUUCUACACAACUGUGUAUCUGAACGAGGAGCUCAGGAUACGGCAUAAGAUCAAGCUGGAUCACAAAUCCGAGAUAUUUCAGAAUCUCUUUGGUGCAGUAGCCGACGUGGAGCUCAGGUUCAAGGGGGAGGAAGCUUAUCUCCAGAAUAUCGUCUAUAACACAGUUCCCCUGGUACUUCACGGUAACGGGUAUAGUAAGCUGGUCUUAAAUUCUUUGGGCAAUUAUCUGGCCCGCGCCUGGACGCCGGACGAGGGAUGUCUGGCGUGCUGGGACCGAACUAUCGAGCUUGACAAGACCAAGCCGGAAACAUAUCCAGUCAUCUUAAUAGCCGUCUUCAUCGAGCGUCCCACGCCAUUCCUGGAAGAAUUCUUCCGAGAUAUCUAUCACCAAUUCUAUCCCAAGACGAAGCUACAUCUGUUUGUUCACAACAACGUGCCCUAUCAUGAGGAUGUGGUGGGCGACUUCUUCGAGAAGGUCGGCCAGGAAUACCUAAGCGCGAAACAGAUAUUGCCGAGCGACAGUGUCAGCGAGGUUGACGCGAGAAGGUUGGCAAUGGAGCAUUGCUUGUUGAAGGAGUGUUCCGGGUAUUUGUCGAUCGACUCGGUCGCGCAUCUGACUAACGAGUUUACAUUGAAGUUGCUAGUAGAGCAGCAGAGAGGGAUUAUCGCACCCCUACUCAUACGACCGUUCAAAGCGUGGAGCAACUUCUGGGGCGCCAUAACGGAUGAUGGAUUUUAUGCGCGAAGCUUUGACUACAUGGAGAUAAUUAAGAACGAACGCAGGGGACUGUGGAACGUGCCAUUCGUCAGUAACUGCUACUUGAUCAACGCGACGAUCAUAGCGAGCAAGGUGACCCGGCCAACCUAUGAGCAUGGCGACCUGGACACGGAGAUGGCAUUUGCCCACGGAAACCGGCAGCGUGGUCUGUUCAUGUACGUCAGCAACCGGCUCGAGUUCGGCCACCUGGUCGAUCCUGAUACCUAUAACAUUCAACUCACCUAUCCGGACAUGUAUCAAAUCAUAGACAACAAAUUGGACUGGGAAAGAAGGUACAUCCAUCCAAAUUACAGCGAGAACUUCAAUCCCGACAAGAAACCGAUACAGCCGUGCCCAGAUGUCUAUUGGUUUCCCAUUGUUAAUCUCAGGUUCACCAAGGAGCUCGUAGGAAUCGUGGAGACCUACGGACAAUGGUCGGACGGAACUAAUCAGGAUUCUCGACUGGACACCGGAUACGAAGCGGUACCGACCCGUGAUAUUCACAUGACUCAAGUCGGUCUCCACGACGCCUGGUUAAAGUUUCUAAAAGAUUAUGUCAAUCCAUUGCAAGAGCAUGUCUUUACAGGAUACAACGAUUACCCACCACGAUCCCUUAUGAAUUUCGUCGUAAGGUAUCGUCCGGACGAGCAACCAUCCCUGAGGCCGCAUCACGACUCCUCUACCUACACCAUUAAUAUCGCCCUGAAUCAAGCGGGAGUGGAUUACGAAGGUGGUGGAUGCAGGUUCAUCCGAUACAACUGCUCAGUCACCGAUACGAAGCCAGGUUGGAUGCUGAUGCACCCUGGAAGACUGACACACUAUCACGAGGGACUGCGAGUGACCGCGGGCACGCGUUACAUUAUGAUCUCUUUCGUAGAUCCGUGAUAGAAUCUCCUACUGUAAAUUUCUGUAAAUUAUCGGACUGCGACUGUAUUAAAAAUGUACUGCCACCGUAUGACAAAGAAUAUCAAAAGGAAAAGGUAGCACGCGGUAUCAAAGAAAAAUAUAAUCUUACAUUUCGACGUGUUCAUUGUUGUCGACUAGAAACGUCAAUUGCCACUGAUGGACUGAAUAGUGCAUUUAACAGAGAAAUGUAAAAACUGCUUAAUCAAUGUAUUAUUUUUGUACUCCGAUGUAUAAGUGCACACCUCGUGUUUCUCAUAAUUAAAAAUAUUGCCAAUUUAUAAGAGAUGACAAAACUGGAAUAUAUAUCUAUAUAUUGCGCAAUAUUCGUUGAUAUCUAAAUUCACAAAUUCUUUCAAAAUAUACAUGAACAGAUUAAUUAUAAAAUUUAUAAUAAUAAAUGUUACUAAAUAUGA